AUGUCGCCUACAUCCCACGAGGCAACAGAGGUCGACUUCUCAUACUUUUCUGCCCUUGUACGACAGAUCUCAAGAAUACAGCCUCAUUCAUCAAAGGCACGCCCUAAGAGACCUGCGAACUACCUCGACUACCCCGCAGCACGCGUAUUCCAGCAAUGGGUAGAGAGGCUCCGCCGGCAAUUCUCUCCUCUUCCUCCAAAUAUAACUGGGAUCUGCUUCCGACUGCUCUUUCCUGAGGACGACAUACGCCGGAAGUACGAGAUCCAGGAGGCUAGGAUGACCAAGCUACUACUCAAUUGCUAUGGUCUGAACGCGCGAAAGUUCGACGAAAACAGCUUGAACGAAGCCUCAGGAUGCUUGGGGCAAGAACUUAGGGUCGUCCUUGAGGGGACUUGUCCAAACGACGAUGGUUCCACUGCUCCUCUCACCCUAGUGCAGAUCGACGAACUCCUAGACGAACUCGCAGCAAUCUCCGCCUUCUCAGACAAGGCGAUCCGCUCGAAAUACCUGAAGCCACGGAGGAGUCGCGCAGAUAUCAUUCGCAGUCUUUUCCGCGGACUAUCUCCAGAAGAUGCUGCAGUUCUUACCCAAAUCAUCUUGAAGGAUCUCAGGCCACUGAUGUAUCCAUUGACUGAAUUCCACUAUGGCACUGCACUUACGAAAUUCAAUGUGGCUGCGGUCAAGAUGAUAAUCAAGGAACACGCCAUGGAUAUCUGGGAUCCCUCAGGGAUGUUUCUUAGAUUCUACCGUGUCCAUGCAUCCCUCGAUGAGGUUACGGCCUUCAUGGACAAGCCCCCAUCUGAGAGGACCCAUUGUGACUUUGCUCCGAAAGUUGGAUCGCCUGUUGCUAUCCCGAAGUCAGAAAAGGGUCGUAGCUGUCAACACGCCCUUGACUACCUCGAGGGGUCGCAGAAAGUAUGGGCUGAAACCAAGUAUGACGGCGAGCGGGCUCAAAUACACGUAACAGUCGAUAUAGACGGACCUUCUCAUAUCACUAUAUUCAGCAAGAGCAAGAGGGACUCGACACUUGACAGGCACGCAGUGCACAACAUUAUUCGUUCUGCUCUAGGACUUGAUACGCCGAACUAUGAGAGAGGCAGUGACAAACGACAGGUCAAGAUGAAUGUAAUUCUGGAUGCUGAAAUGGUAGCAUUUCGCGGUGAUUUCGUAGAGGAAUUUUGGCGAAUUCGUCAGCUUAUUGAAGAUACCGCCUAUGGCGUUCGAGGGUCCAGAAAAUGGACAUAUAGCAAGAAGGUUGAAGAAGAGCAGGAAUCCAUGAACAGCGAAGCUAACGAAGGACUUUCCCUCGGUCUCGUCUUCUUCGACGUCAUCGCCCUCGAUUCAGAAUCUCUGCUAUUUGAAUCAUACGCAAGUCGGCGCCGGCUUCUUGAGAACCUCAUUAAAGUUGUACCUGGAAAAGCCAUCCUAGCAGACCGUUACCUGAUCGACAUGGUCCAAAGUCCACUUCAGACUCUGCAGACCAUAUUCAAUGAGCAUAUUUCUGCUUGUCAAGAGGGCAUCGUGCUGAAGGCGGACGAUUCAAGAUAUAACGACUACCGAAAACCCUGGGUGAAGCUCAAGAAGGAUUACAUGCCGCAUAAGGGAGACUCUUUGGACUUGGUACUUCUUGGAGCCAGCUGGGAGAAGGUUCGAGGCCGCUCAUUACGGGUUCCUCCAAGCACCUAUACGACCUUCUAUGUUGGAGGGGUAGAACGGCCAGAACACAAGCUUCCAUCUCCUUCUGCGGUGCCCAAAUUUCACGUAUAUUUUACUGUUUCGUAUGGAUUAACUCGGGAGGAGUUAGAGGAAGUCAACUUCCUCAUCAAGUCGUCGGAAACAGUGUCUUGCGCAUCUCUGGAUGCCGUCAAUCUACCUUUCGAUCUUACUGUGUCCAAAGGACUGAACCCAGCACCGACUGUAAUUUUACGGACGCCUCUCCUGCUAAACCUGUACGGUGCAGGAUUUACCAAGGCUCAUCAAAGCACGCAUUAUGAACUACGCUUUCCUCGUAUUACGAAGGCCUUUCGGCCCAGCGAGCGAAGCUGGCGAGAGGCUCUUGACCUUGAGACGGUGCACAAGACUGCACUGAGGUCUGUUGGCAGAGACAGCUCCGACAAGGAUUUGCUCGACUGGGCCAAGCAGACAUUCGGAAAGACAUGCUCGCCCAGCGUCAGCUGUGGGAUGAAGCGGAAGGCGAUGAUGGAGAAGUGGAGCGAACAACCAGGGCGAAAGGGUCUGAAGAGUCCUCGCUUUGAGAAGUCGGCGACCCAAACGUCGAAGAGUCGGUCAGAGAAUAGCUCUUCGAGCUUGACCCAAGUUGUCAUCAGGACGUCGACGCCUGAUAAGACGCCUUUGGGUGUCAGGACGAACGUUAUCGACCUUACAACACCGAUUCACUCGAGGCCGCCUCAACCCAAAGUACCACCUACUCCAUCGUCUCCGCUCGUCGAGCGUCAGUUAGCAAAGACCAGAAAAACAGAGAAAGAAGACCCUGUACGCGACACCCUCGAUAACCUGGUCAAAAAUAGUUGGGUCUGGAUUGCAAAAUCCCAUCGGCCAUGUCCUUCAAUGCAAGCAUGGAAGAAACGAAUACCAAAACAACAGCAGCUACGCUCUCUGGAGGCAGUCAUGGCGGGAUGCGGGUGGACCGGGCCAGUGAUUGAAGAUGUGAGUUGGGUGCACCAGGGUGUCAUUAUCUUAGACGAGUGUAACGAGAGCGGAUGGAAAGAGCACAUUGUAUCAACAGCAGAGCAGGCAGAGAAACGGACAAACAGACGACCUCUUCUCGUCUUCGGGUGUAGUUCUACCGAGCCAUUACUCCGGCUUGUAUAA